AUGGCAGCAUUAAUAAUUUAUCAGCUUCCCGCACAGCAGGAUGGAUGUGAAUCUAUAAUUUGUAAUCAGUGUACAAAGGUAAGGACCUCUUCCACCAUGCAUUCGCACUGGCGCCCGCUUGUUGCGGUACGUCAGAGGUGGUAGAGCCGUGACCCAGCACCGAGGGACAUCGGCACUGGGGUUAGGUAAGUAAAAAAAUGGUUUUCGAGUUUUAUUCAUGAACUGGAUUCCAUCAGUAUUAUGAUACAUACAGAAAGUAAUAAUAGAUUAGCCAUUUACCAAAACUUGAAUUCCCUUUAUAUAACUAUCUACCCCCAGAGCAUGACUUCCAGACACCCGACUGCAACAGCUUAAUGUACCUGUAAUUUUCUUUGGCUGUGAGGUUCAUAUCAAACAGAAACACCAAGUGCUGUGUGUAUAUACAUAUGUCAUCUGAAAUAAUAAACCCCUCACUAUGAAAUGUAAUGGCACAAAAUACAAUCUGAAUACAGAUAUUGCAAAUAAGAAAUUCCUUUCAUGGGAGAAAGCUGCUCUAAACCUUAUCCUAUUCUAUCUGAGAUACAGCUAGGCCACGUUACAGAAGAUUCUAAACCAGUUAUCAAUUAUUCUAUUUUUUAGAAUAAAAUUCAGUUUUUGGCCAGUGCAGGUUCUAAGAUAUUUUUAGAAGAACGUGCUAUUGCUGGAAUAAAGGAGGAAUUCUAUAAUUAAAGGGGAGAUUAUAUUUUUUUGACAAUAUAAUUGGCUAUCUAAAAUGGAGAGAAGCUUCUCUACAUAUAUUGUCUUGUGACUUUGCAGGUGGUAUAACAGUUACUCAGUCCCCUCCCAAAUAAAUAAAUUAAACAUAGUAAACUCUUCUGUGUGGAACAGUGAUGGCUAAAUAACUGCAUAGGUUCGGGAACUAUGUUUCUCAUGGUGCACAUCCAAACUCAGUGGUUGAGUGACGUUGCCCCCUGCUGUCAUCUCUUGGGUAUUACAUGUAUUGCAAUUGAGAGCUGUCCAUGGUACUGACGGUGAAUGCAGCAAUUCUAACACAGGCUUCUCUGUACUAAACGCUGAGACUUUUCAUUCAGCCUCCGUUUAUCUCCAAUACAUGUAGUUCUACAGACUAAGCUUCCUACUGGGUUUUAACCCCUGCAGGUUGGAUGAUUUGUUAAGGCUGAUGCCUUAAAUUUGUCUAACCCUGGCCCAAAUUAUUUAUAGUCAUUCUGUUAUAUUUUCUGCACAAUAAUUAAAACAAUGCAUAUUUGGUUUGUUUUCAUUACAUUUUAUGAUAUUACUUUUUUUAGGCAAGGCAUUCUGGGAGCAAUCUCUUAAUAUUUGCACAUAUUAGUUACGUAGGAAUGAAAACUUCACUGGAAAGUUCUUUAAACUCUGCAGGAAAAACAAUUAGGAGUAAUGAGGGUCUACAGGGGACAUUAAGCAUGAUGUCUCUCCGUGGGACUUUGGAAAUGAGAAGGCUCUGCAAGGAGCCGAAGGAAUUAGAAGGUUGUGCAGUAAGCAAGAGGUGUCCCAAGGCCCUGAAGUGACCUGGUAUAUAUUUUAUUACUUCUCUCCUCCCCAUGUUGGGAAUUGGCACUCUUUCCUUCCACCUUUCCAGUGUUAAUUUUACCCUAUUCCUCUUUUGUUUGUUUGGUCUAAUAACUUACAUUCUACACUUUCCCUUACAAUGCUUUGGGCUGUUCUCUCCUCUUCUAUGCAUGGGUCUGUACUCUCUUCUCCCAUGUCUAGUCUCUUUCCCUCCUAUUGUCUGCUCUACUGUGUGUAGAUUCAGUAUCUGCCUCCCUUCAUUCUUCCAAUCCUAUUGUCUCCUGUGUGUGUGGCUCCAGUAUCUUCCCAUCUCAGCCCUGCUCUGUCUGGAUCUAGCUUCCUCUCCUCUCUCUUGCCUCGGAUUGGUUCCCCUCUUCUCCUGUGUCUCAUUCUUGUCACUCUCCUCUCAUGA